AUGGCGAAGAUUCCCGCUUUUGGCGAGCUCGGGCGCACCGCCAAGGACCUCCUGUACGGGAGCCGCGACGGCGUCUUCCAGUUCGACCGUGUGGUCAGCAUCUCCAGCACCACCUCUGAUGGCGUGGACUUUGGGCUGAAGGCCCUGAGCAAGGGCGACCGCCUGGACAUUGACCUGAAGAGUGUGUACGUGGCGCCCCGCUAUACCCUGGUGUCCUCCAUCACCCGCGACGGCAAGCUGGCAGCGGCAGUGACCUACAAGGACCUGGCCCCCGGCCUGACCCUGGGCCUGUCUGGCACCGUGCCCGAGCUGGAGACGGCCAAGGUGGCGGUGGACUACUCGCUCCCCCACCUGACCCUCAAGUCGGUGGUGUCCCUGGCCUCCUCCCCCAAGGUCGACCUGGCGGCCACCACGGGGUACGAAGGCGUGACCCUGGGCGCGUCUGGGACUUUUGACGCCUCCAAGUCCGCGCUCACACGCUGGACCGCCGGCGUCGGCUACACCGCGCCCGACUACCAGCUGACCGCGCUGCUGACCGACACCAACGCGCUGAGCGUGCUGCUGGCCCACCGCGUGGCCGCCGACACCACCAUUGGCGCGGAGGUGAGCCGCGACCUGGGCUCCUCCGCCACCAGCUUCGCCAUCGGCUCCUCGCGGCGCCUGGCCGGCGGUGCGCUGACUAAGGCCAAGCUGGAGAACAGCGGCAUCCUGUCCCUGCUCUACGAGCAGGAGCUGCAGCCCAAGACCAAGGUCGCGCUCAGCACCCAGCUCAACGCCCUGGACCUGAAUGCCCCCCCCAAGUUCGGCGUCGGCUUCGACGUCAAGUACUGA